ACAUUUGACAUGAUAUUUCUGAGACUCCGUUUUCUUUGAUGUUCCACUGUGUUUCUGAGACAGUGUUGCUGAGUUGCAGUAAAGCCGUCCUUGUAUGAUGGAGAAGAUCCAACACAGUGAGGUGGAAGUGAAAGGAUUGAAGCUGCACGUGGCAGAGAUUGGAACUGGGUCCAAGGCAGUGCUAUUCUUACAUGGAUUCCCAGAGAUCUGGUACACAUGGAAGCACCAGUUGAUUGCUGUGGCAAACGCUGGUUAUAGAGCUAUUGCCUUUGAUUUCAGAGGCUAUGGACUCUCUCAGCAACCUGCUGAGCCAGAAAAGGAAACCAUGCAUGACCUAGUUCAUGAAAUAGUGGGUCUUUUGGAUGCCUUAAACAUAACCAAGGCUUUCCUUGUUGGCAAGGAUUUUGGGGCAAUAGUCGCAUAUCGUACAGCAGCUGUGCACCCAGAAAGAUUUGGUGCUGUAAUAACUUUAGGCAUUCCUCCUGGUUCCUAUGCUGUCCAAAACCACCUUCUCCCCAAAGGCUUCUACGUUACUAGGUGGCAGGAGCCUGGGAGAGCAGAAGCAGAUUUUGGCCGGUUUCCUGUGAAAUCGGUGAUAAGGAACAUCUACACUCUCUUCUCUAAAAGUGAGGUUCCAGUAGCAGCUGAUGAUCAAGAAAUCAUGGACUUGUUCAACCCAUCUACUCCUCUACCACCAUGGUUCUCUGAGGAAGACCUUGCAACCUAUGCAUCUUUAUAUGAAAAAUCUGGAUUCAGAUAUGCAUUGCAGGUUCCUUACAGGAGUCUCAAGGUGGAAACUGGCUUAGGUGAAGUGAAGGUUACAAAUCCAACUCUUCUCAUCAUGGGUGAGAAAGAUUAUGUUUUCAUGUUUCCAGGCACGGAGGACUAUAUCCGAAGUGGGGCAGCGAAAAAUGUUGCGCCGGACUUGGAAAUCACAUAUAUUCCGGAAGGAAGCCAUUUUGUGCAUGAACAAGUUCCAGACAAGUAAGCCCCUCUUUUUAUGAUGGAGAAGAUCCAGCACAGUGAGUGGAAGUGAAGGGACUGAAGCUGUACGUGGCAGUGAUUGCAUCUUCUUCAUAUUAAUCAUUUUUGUGUUUGUGAAGGCUCCAAGCCAGUGUUCUAUUCUUACAUGGAUCCCUAGAGAUCUGGUACACAUGGAGGCACCAGAUGAUUGCUGUGGCAAACGCUGGUUUAGGGCUAUCACUUUUGAUUUUAGAGGCUAUGACUCUCUGAGCAACCAGCGGAACCAGAAAAGGAAACCAUGUAUGACCUAUUUGAUGAGAUGGUCGGUCUUUUGGAUGAUGCCUUAGACAUCAUCAAGGUAAGGGCCUAGAUGUGCUACACGUUAAGACUUUGUUUAAUAGAAGUGGAAAGUUGUGGAAAGGAAAUUACAGGGAA